AUGGCAGGAGGAGCUUUUGUAGCAACUGAUGGGGGAAGACAUUAUGAAGGAAAGGUUACUGCAUUUGUUUUGGUGACAUGUUUUGUGGCAGCAAUGGGAGGUCUUCUCUUUGGUUAUGAUCUCGGUAUUACUGGAGGAGUGACUUCUAUGGAACCAUUCUUAAUCAAGUUCUUUCCGAGUGUGUAUAAACAAAUGAAAGACGAAUCGGGCCAUGACAGUCAAUAUUGCAAAUUCGAUAAUCAACUCCUUACAUUGUUCACCUCUUCUUUAUACCUUGCAGCAUUGGUAGCAUCUUUCUUUGCUUCAAUCACAACAAGAUUACUCGGACGCAAGCCGUCGAUGUUUAUAGGGGGUUUGUUUUUUCUUGGUGGUGCCUUGUUGAAUGGUUUUGCUGUUAAUAUUGAAAUGCUUAUCAUUGGUCGUUUGUUACUCGGGCUAGGUGUAGGGUAUUGCAAUCAGUCUGUUCCGGUAUAUUUAUCUGAAAUGGCUCCAACAAAAAUUAGAGGAGCACUUAAUAUGGGGUUCCAAAUGAUGAUUACUAUUGGUAUACUAAUUGCAAACCUUAUCAACUAUGGAACCUCCAAACAUGAAAAUGGAUGGAGAAUUUCAUUGGGUUUAGGAGCAGUUCCUGCAUUUUUGCUGUGUUUGGGGUCUUUUUUCUUGGGUGACACGCCUAACUCUUUGAUUGAAAGAGGCCAACAUGAAAAUGCUAAGACAAUGCUGCAAAAGAUUCAUGGUACUAAGAAUGUUGACGAAGAGUUUCAAGAUCUUAUAGACGCAAGUGAACAAGCUAAAAAGGUGGAACACCCAUGGAAGAACAUUAUGCAACCGAAAUAUAGGCCACAACUAACUUUUUGUAGUUUAAUUCCGUUUUUCCAACAACUCACAGGCAUCAAUGUUAUUAUGUUUUACGCGCCUGUCCUCUUUAAGACUUUGGGAUUUGGUAACGAAGCCUCUCUCAUGUCAGCUGUCAUUACCGGAGGCGUCAAUGUGGUUGCGACAUUUGUUUCUAUAUUCACGGUAGACAAGUUUGGUAGAAAAUUCUUAUUUCUCGAAGGUGGCGUUCAAAUGAUAAUUUCUCAGAUUGCGGUCGGAGGAAUGAUUGCUGCAAAGUUUGGAAUAAGUGGUGAAGGCUCUUUAACUAAAGGAGAAGCCAACCUCCUUUUAUUUUUAAUAUGUGCCUAUGUUGCGGCUUAUGCUUGGUCUUGGGGUCCAUUGGGUUGGUUGGUUCCUAGUGAAAUAUGUUCACUUGAAACUCGAUCUGCAGGUCAAGCUAUCAAUGUUGGCGUAAAUAUGUUAUUUACAUUUUUCAUUGCUCAAGCCUUUCUCACCAUGCUUUGCCAUCUGAAGUUUGGUCUGUUCUUCUUUUUUGCUGGUUUCGUCGUCAUCAUGACCAUUUUCAUAGUCUUAUUUUUUCCCGAGACCAAGAAUGUUCCUAUCGAAGAAAUGAAUAGGGUUUGGAAAUCAAAUUGGUUCUGGGCCAAGUUCAUUGUUGAUGAGGAUAAAGAGAAUCAGUCG